UAAAAAAUAUUUUCUCGAAAUUUUAUUCUAAAAAUAAUGGAGAAGGAAAAAAGCAACGACCAAAAACAUCAAAAUUCAGAAAACUUGUCAGAAUCAAAAAACAACUGUCAAGUCUCUACCAGUUUUGCAUUCCAACACCAAUUUAGGAGAAACUCGAUUCAAAAUCAAACAAAUUCUGAAAGGAGAGAAGGGUCUGUUACAGACAGUUCUUUCCUUCUUUUUGCCCAAAUAAUUGUUUGUGGAACACUUUUUGGUAUUGCCACAAUUUUAUUAUGGCAAUUACCUUUUUCUACAAGAUUUAGAAAUCGGUUGGAGCCUGUUGCUUCAAUGCCUGUUCAACAAGAUGAAUUGGAAUGUUCCCGGACUUGUAGAAUUCAACUAGUCGAAAGUAUUGCCCAAAACCUCACAUUUCCUGUUGAAUAUUCCCAACAACCAGCAUUGUCUACAUUCUCUGCCUGGAAUUUACUUAUUAAUUCAGCUAAAAAUUCACUUUUAAUUGCUGCAUAUAAAUCGAGUUUGAGAGGAAAACACGUUCUUGGCGAGCAGGCUUUGAACAAUAUUUCUUUUCAAGUAAUGAAAGGGAAUAAUAUUUUUAAAUUACUGUAUUCUCUCUCUCUUGGAAAGGGACACUCAAGCAGAUGGGAUUUUUGUUUAGAGAGAUAA